AUGAAGUUCUCAUCUGUUCUUGCAGCCUUGUCUGCAGUCGGCAGCACGCUGGCUCAGCAGACUUAUACCAAUCCUGUGCUUUGGUACGAUCUUGCAGACAUCGAUGUCUUCCGCAAGGGCAACCAAUACUAUUACUCUGCCUCGACCAUGUCGUUCUCGCCCGGAGCUCCUAUCCUCAUAUCUGGAGAUCUUGUCAAUUGGGAGUUUAUCGGACACUCGGUCCCCAGACUUGACUUCCACGACACUGCUUAUGACUUGGCUGAUAACAGACAAGCUUAUGUUCGUGGUAUCUGGGCUUCUUCCAUGCAGUACCGCGAGUAUGACGACACAUUCUACUGGAUUGGGUGUGUCGACUUCAAGACCACUUAUAUCUACAAGUCUAAGGAUCCUGCUGGAGACUGGAGCAAGGUUGGCGAGAUUGGUACCUGCUACUACGACUGUGGAAUGUUAUUUGAUGGCCAGAACAUCUAUGUUGCUGUAAGACAUUUUACUCUCUCCGCCCUCUUAUCAAGAUGGACCAGGCAACUGACAGAUCCCAAAAACAGUNAUGGUAACACCAAGAUCAGCGUUGCACAGCUGAACAACGACUUCACCCAGAAGUCGACUACUCAGGUCUAUAGCUCAUCCAUCACGAUCGAAGGCUCCCACAUGAAGAAGAUCAACAACAAGUACUACAUCUUCGUCACUCAACCCGCCUCCAACGAAUACGUCCUCAAGUCAAACUCUGGCCCUCUAGGUCCCUACGAAUUCAAGAUUUUCACCCAGGCACCCGCCAGUGGCAUCCAAGGAUCCGGAAACCCGCAUCAAGGCAGUGUGGUGGACACUCCCAAUGGCGAUUGGUAUUAUCUCAGUUUCAUUGAUGCAUACCCCGGCGGCCGCAGUCCUGCCUUGGCGCCUUUUGUGUUUGACUCUCAAGGCUGGCCGUCCUUGAAACAAGCAAAUGGCUUUGCAACCGCAAACCCCUAUCCAGUAACUCCCGUUCCCGUCAAAUCCACCACUGGCACCGAUACCUUUACAGGACCAAAACUAGGACCUCAAUGGGAAUGGAACCACAACCCCGACACUUCCUCCUUUUUAUUUGCCUCUGGAGGCGGUCUAGUGCUCAAAACAUCUUCAGUCACCAAAGACCUCUAUCAUGCGAGAAACACUUUGACGCAUAGAAUUUUGGGUCCCGACAGUACUGCCACCAUCGCUUUGGAUAUUUCCAAAAUGGCUGCUGGGGAUCAGGCUGGUUUGGCGCUGUUCCGCGAUAACUCUGCUUACAUUGCCAUUCGCAACAACGCCGUGAUUCUGCAACGCGAUCUCACCAUGGGGGCGGGUUGGAACACUCUCUCCACCGGCCGCACCGAGACCUCUGUUUCCCUCCCCUCGGGAACCAAAAGUGUGUACCUGAGACUACAUGCUGACAUCAAACCUGCUGGUUCGCAUCAAGGUACAUUUUCGUGGAGUACGGAUGGAAAAACUUUUAAGCAGCUGGGCACACCGUAUACCAUGAACACGACUUAUUAUUUUUUCAUCGGGUAUAGGUUUGGUAUCUUCAACUUUGCGGAAAACAAUNUUGGGGGUAGUGUUACGGUCAAGUCUUUUGAUUUGGCGCUGGGGUCUAAGUAA